AUGUAUUCACCAAGCCCAAAGGAUGAGGCCCAUGAAUAUAGUGUAUAUCGAGGGUUGCUUAAUCACUGCUUAACUGGUGCCCUUCUCUGUACGCUGGUACUCACAUUAAUUCACGAGACUGUGCGCGCCUUCAUCAGCCUCACCGAGAAGAUCAACGACGACAGGUACACACUGGAAGGGAGCAGUUACUCGGUGACUUUUCAGCACUGCCUGAUGGCUUUUCUGCACGUGUUCCGUGUCUACGUCUGCUGUUUACUUGUGAUGUCACUGAUGACAUAUAAUGUGUGGAUCUUCCUGACAAUCGGACUAGGGUCCGGAGUGGGAUAUCUUCUGAUUCGUUCACUGAUUUUACAUCUGCUAAACAAACGGAGGAAGCGUUCUUUUAACACAUGUCAGAUACCCACUACAUUCUCCAAAUUCCAACCUCUCUGCAGUACUCCUAACAGGAAUAUUGAAACAUCAAUGUUGGCAGCUUCCCACUUGACCUUGUCACAUGACUUCAUGGCGGCACUGCGUGAAAGGCGGAGCUCAAAAAACGUGCUAAGUGGAACUUUAGGAUCCGCCGACUUGGCUUUGCAGUGGGACUACACGGACAAUAUGGCAGAAGACCUGGAACCUAACAACUGGAUCCGCCAAUCAAACUGGGAUGGAUCUUUGGAAAUGUUGGAUGCUGGGUAUGUGGGCGGGGAUUCCCUGGAACAUUCCGUUUCGUUUGCAAUGUAUGUGUCUGUCGUGUGAAUACCUGUGAGGAAACAGUGAUAGAUAGGCAGCGAUAGACUCAGACUCCGCCAAAGUAGAAAACCUGAGAACAAAAGACUUAAGGAUCUAAGAAUUAAUUUUGUUGUAACAUUGUAGAAUGCAAUGCUGAACAAUGAUAUUGAAAGCCUUUAUAGAAUACUGCCAUGUAACUGGAUGAAAGUUUGUAACUAAAUGAAAGUGAAUUAUAAAGUA